AUGGUGGCACUGGUGAAGCUCCAGAAGGACCUGGGCCUGAAACCAAGCCCUCUGGAGCACCUCCGAAGACCACCGCGAAGAAGGACGAACUUGUUCCGGUUGCGAGUGCGCACGGCCGAGAACGUCAGCAUGGUGUUCUGCAAUUUCUUUGAGGCGGACGAUGAAGGCUUCAUGAAGCGGCUCAUCACUCGCCUGAAAGAUCAGAAGUUGAAGACGGUGCAGGAGUUGCAGCGGCUAAACUUUCGAAUCAUUGCAGUUGGCAGCUCUUUCAAUGACAUCGAGAUGCUUCAUGCAGCGGAAAAGGGCAUCCUCUACCGGCCCUCGGAAUCCAUCCGCAAAGAAAUCACAGACAUCCCGAUCGUCAAAACCUAUGAUGAGCUCAAGGCCGUCAUUGAAGGCAUUGUGACGGAGAAAGCCGUGCCAAACGGCAAGAGACAAAAGACUGCAUAG